CUCAACAUGGCCGACCAAAUCACGCACAUGCAGGAAGACAUCCACAAGCUGCAGAAGAUGGUGCAUGUCUUGUUCGACAAAAUCGAAGCCGAGAAGUGCGAAGCCAGUGACGUUUACGGUGCCGUGAUUGUUGCGCAUCCUCACGCAUGGGACUGAUGCAUUACGUAGCUGACAAGGACAAGCUUGUGGAGUUGAUCAACCGUCUCUGCACCAAGAUGGGCGACGCCAACAUGCUCGAGUUAACGAUAUCACCGGCGAAAGACAUCGGUCAAGAUCAAAUCCAGGAACUGAAAGAACGUAUUGCCAAGCUACAAUCCGAGCGCCAAAACUUGCAGAGGCGCACGGCGGCUUGCGUGAAAGGCAUCUUUUAAUCCAAUUCAAGCUCAUAGCAUUGAUAAAUAUAAACUACAUAUCUUGUACUUUGAA